GGCGCUCCCGCUCACCCUGCCCUGCCCGCGGCGGCCACGAUGGAGCCUCUGUUCCCGGCCUCCCCACUGACCAGCUGGAAUGCCUCCUCGGCAGCCACAGGCAGCGGCGGCGAGAAUGGGACGCUGGCGGGGCUGGUGCCCUCACCGGGCGCCCGGGCGGUGGUGGUGCCUGUGCUCUACCUGCUGGUGUGCACAGUGGGGCUGGGCGGCAAUGCGCUGGUCAUCUACGUGGUACUGCGUCACGCCAAGAUGAAGACGGUCACCAACAUCUACAUCCUCAACCUGGCCGUGGCCGACGUGCUCCUCAUGCUGGGGCUGCCCUUCGUGGCCACACAGAACGCCAUCUCCUACUGGCCCUUCGGCCCCGUGCUCUGCCGCCUGGUCAUGACGCUGGACGGCAUCAACCAGUUCACCAGCAUCUUCUGCCUGACCGUCAUGAGCGUGGACCGCUACCUGGCCGUGGUCCACCCCAUCCGCUCCGCCCGCUGGCGCCGCCCUCGGGUGGCCAAGCUGGCCAGCGCCACGGUCUGGGCCUUUUCUCUGGUCAUGUCACUGCCGCUGGUGGUGUUUGCAGACAUCCAGGAGGGGUGGAACACCUGCAACCUCAGCUGGCCAGAGCCUGUGGGCCUGUGGGGUGCUAUCUUCAUCAUCUACACGUCCGUGCUAGGCUUCUUUGGGCCGCUGCUGGUCAUCUGCCUGUGCUACCUGCUCAUCGUGGUGAAGCUGAAGGCCUCGGGCAUGCGCGUGGGCUCCACGCGGCGGCGCUCAGAGCGCAAGGUGACCCGCAUGGUGGUGGUGGUGGUGCUGGUGUUCGUGGGCUGCUGGCUGCCCUUCUUCAUCGUCAACAUCGUCAACCUGGCCUUUGUGCUGCCCGAGGAGCCCGCCUCCGCCGGUGCCUACUUCUUUGUGGUCGUGCUGUCCUAUGCCAACAGCUGUGCCAACCCCUUGCUCUACGGCUUCCUCUCCGACAACUUCCGCCAGAGCUUCCGGAAGGUUCUGUGCCUCCGCAAGAGCUACGGCACUGAGGACGCGGAUGCCACGGAGCCACGGCCGGGCCAGAGCAGCCGGCUGCAGGAGGCCAUGCUGCCCGCACGCAGCUGCGAGGCCAACGGGCUCAUGCAGACCAGCAAGCUGUGAGCGUGGAGGC